AAGACUGCAGCUGGGGAGGCCCGGCUGAGGCUGAGCGUGGGCACGGAGCUGCCAGUCCCACCUGAAAGCUUGAAAUGAGUCCAGCCCGUCUCUCCCUCCACCGGGCGUGAGCCCGCCCAGCCCAGGAGACGGCGGGGCAAAUGGCCCUGUAGUGGGAGCUGGGAAGCUUUUAGGCAUCCGAGCAGAGCAGAAGCCAGCCUGGGCACAAGGGUGCUGAACAGGCAAAGCAACUCCAACUUGAAGCAAUGAAAUCCCCCAGGACAGCCACCCUGUGCCUCAUGUUGAUUGUGAUUUAUUCUGCCAAAGCUUCAUUGAACUUGAAUUUAGAAACCAUUGUUCAUCCUUUGAUUCUCCAGGAAUGGGAACUUGCUGAUGAAGAGCCACUAAGGCCAAAACGAGCAGUUGCCACGGGUAGCCCUGCGGCUGAGGAGUUCACUGUGGAUGUUGAGAUCCGUCUUGAGAAUGCGUCCUUCCUGGAGCCUAUCAGAGCUUACUUAAACAGCCUCAGUUUUCCAAUUCGAGGGAACAACACUGACCAAGUUACAGACAUUCUGAGCAUAGAGGUGACAACAGUCUGCAGCCCUGCUGGAAAUGAGAUCUGGUGCUCCUGUGAGGCAGGCUACAGCUGGCCCCGGGAACGGUGUCUCCACAAUCUCACUUGUCAAGAGCAAGGCAGCUCCCUCCCAGGGCACCAAUGCAGUUGCCUUAAAGAAGUGCCUCCCCAGGGACCUUUUUGCCAACCUCAGCGAGAUGUUACUCUGAGAAUGUCAGUGAGACUAAAUGUGGGCUUUCAAGAAGACCUCAGGAACACUUCCUCUGCCCUCUACAGGUCCUACAAGACUGACUUAGAAACAGCGUUCCGGAAGGGUUACAGCAUUUUACCAGGCUUCAAAUGGGUGACUGUGACAGGGUUCAGGCCUGGGAGUGUGUUUGUAACUUAUGAAGUCACGACUACGACAGCAUCACCUGAGUUAAUGCACAAAGCCAAUGAGCAGGUCAUGCAGAGCCUCAACCAGACCUACAAAAUGGACUACAACUCCUUUCAAGUGACCAGUAAUGAAACUAAGUUCUCCGUCAUGCCACAAGUAAUAUUUGAAGGGGAUACGGUCAACCUCACGUGUGAAAAUGAAGUGUUGUCUUACAACGUGUCCUGGUACCACAUCGAGCGGCGCUUUGACAUCCAGAACAGCAGCAGAUUCUCAAUUUCCACCACCGUGCUCAACAAUAUGACCUCGGUCUCCAGCCUCACCAUUUACAACAUCACCCAGGGAGACGCAGGUGAAUAUGCUUGCAAGCUGAUAUUAGAUAUCUUUGAAUAUGAGGCCAGAAAAAAAAUCAAUGUCACGUCCAUCCAAAUUUGGGCAACUGAAGAGAUGAAGGUGAUAUGUGACAACAAUCCUGUGUCUCUGAGCUGCUGCAGUGAGAAUAAUGCUAAUUGGAACCAAGUUGAAUGGAAGCAGGAAGGAAAAAUCAGCAUCCCAGGAACCCCUGAAACUGACCCCGAUUCUAGCUGCAGCAGGUACAUGCUGAAGGCUGACAGAACCCAGUGCCCAAGCGGGUCAUCGGGAACAACAGUCGUCUACACGUGUGAGUUCAUCAGUCCCCACGGAGCCAGAGCCAGUAAGGACAUAAAAGUGACAUUCAUCUCUGUGGCCAACCUAACAAUAACUCCGGACCCAAUUUCUGUUUCUGAGGGACAAAACUUUUCUAUAAGAUGCAUCAGUGAUGUGAGUAACUAUGAUGAGGUGUAUUGGAACACUUCUGCUGGAACUAAAAUCUAUCAAAGAUUUUAUACUACAAGGAAGUAUCCUGAUGGAGCAGAGUCAGUACUGACAGUCAAGACCUCGACCAGGGAGUGGAAUGGAACCUAUCAGUGCAUCUUUAGAUAUAAGAAUGUGUACAGUAUCGCAACCAAAGACGUCACUGUUCACCCGCUGCCUCUGGAGGCAGAUAUCAUGGUUGAUCCCUUGGAAGCCAGUGUUCCCUGCAGUGGUUUCCAUCACAUCAAAUGCUGCAUAGAGGAGGACGAAGACUACAAAGUAACCUUCCAGAUAGGCUCUUUGUUCUUUCCUGCGGCAAAAGAAGUCACUCUAAAGCAGGUGUGCUACAGACACAGGCUCAGCGCAAACUCAGUUUCCUGGUGUUCAAAAACGGUCGAGGUGUUUUGUCACUUUACCAACGCUGCUAAUACUUCAGUCCAGAGCCAAUCGAUGAAGCUGAAUCUGGUUCCUGGGAAGAACAUCACCUGCCAAGACCCCACUCUGGGCGUCGGGGAGCCCGGGAAGGUCAUCCAGAAGCUGUGCCACGCGCACGGGUGGUUUGGAGAGAAGUACGUUACCUUACGGUGCAAACUCACUCUUGCUUUGAUCCGGAGCCCCUCUCAGGAAGAGAAGCUCCCUACAUACCUGCAGGAUCUUUCCAUUAGCACAGACCUGGUGAAACAUGAAAUCCUCUCAUCUCCCGGGAGCCUGGGAGCCAUUAUUAGCAUCCUUGACUUGCUCUCCACAGUUCCAAUCCAAGUCAAUUCAGAAAUGAUGACGCAUGUGCUUUCUACCGUGAACAUCAUCCUCAGCAAGCCGACCUUGAACACCUGGAAGGUUUUACAACAGCUGCAGAUCAACCACUGUUCCCAGCUGCUGCACUCAGUGGAGCGAUUUUCCCGAGCGCUGCAGUUGGGAGCUAACCCCUCCCUGUCCUUCUGCCAAGCCAAUGUGCAGAUGAGCAGCAUGGUCAUCAGAUCCAGCCACCCUGCGGCCUAUGAGCAGAGGUUUGUUUUCUCCGAGGCUGACCUCUGGGGCAACAUUAUCAUUGACAAGAGCCAGCUGGAAAGCUUGGAGCCAGAUUCAUCUAUUGUCACCGUGGCUUUCCCAACUCUCCAAGCCAUCCUGGCCCAGGAUGAUCAGAAAAGGAAUUUUGCAAACAGCUUAGUGAUGACGACCACUAUCAGCCACAACAUAACCACGCCGUUCAGGAUUUCCAUGACUUUUAAGAACAACAGCCCUUCGGCCCGGGAAGCAAAAUGUGUCUUCUGGAACUUCAGCCUCGCCAACCACACCGGGGGCUGGGACAGCAGUGGGUGCCAUGUGGAAGGAAGCAAUGAGGACAAUAUCACCUGUGUCUGUGACCACCUAACUUCCUUCUCCAUCCUCAUGUCCCCUGACUCCCCAGACCCUGGUUCUCUCCUGGGGAUCUUGCUGGAUAUCAUUUCUUACAUCGGGUUGGGCUUCUCCAUCUUGAGCUUGGCAGCCUGUCUAGUUGUGGAAGCCGUCGUGUGGAAAUCAGUGACCAAGAACCGGACGUCCUACAUGCGUCACGUCUGCAUAGUCAACAUUGCCGCCUCCCUUCUGGUGGCCGACACGUGGUUCAUCGUGGUUGCCGCCAUCCAGGAUAGUCACUACGUGCUCUGCAGGACGGCCUGUGUGGCCGCCACCUUCUUCAUCCACUUCUUCUACCUCGGCGCCUUCUUCUGGAUGCUGACCCUGGGCCUCAUGCUCUUCUACCGCCUGGUUUUCAUUCUGCAUGACGCCAGCAAGUCCACCCAGAAGGCCAUUGCUUUCUGUCUUGGCUAUGGCUGCCCUCUCGCCAUCUCCAUCAUCACGGUGGGGGCCACCCAGCCAUGGGAUGUCUACACAAGGAAGGAUGUCUGUUGGCUUAACUGGGAGGACACCAAAGCCCUGCUGGCCUUCGCCGUCCCGGCGCUGAUGAUUGUGGUUGUAAAUGUGACCAUCACGGUUGUGGUCAUCACCAAGAUCCUGAGGCCUUCCAUCGGAGACAAGCCGUGCAAACAGGAGAAGAGCAGCCUGUUCCAGAUCACCAAGAGCAUCGGGGUCCUCACGCCGCUCUUGGGGCUCACUUGGGGCUUUGGUCUCGCCACCGUGUUCCCAGGGACCAGCCUGGUGUUCCACAUCAUAUUUGCCCUUCUCAAUGCCUUCCAGGGCUUAUUCAUUUUACUCUUUGGAUGCCUGUGGGAUCUGAAGGUUCAGGAAGCUUUGCUAAAUAAGUUUUCUUUGUCCAGAUGGUCUUCCCAGCACUCAAAGUCAACAUCCAUAGGCUCAUCCACGCCUGUGUUUUCUAUGAGUUCUCCAAUAUCAAGAAGAUUUAACAAUUUGUUUGGUAAAACAGGAACGUAUAAUGUUUCCACCCCAGAAACCACCAGCUCAUCCUUGGAAAAUUCGUCUAGUGCUUACUCGUUGCUCAACUAAGACCAGGAAAAUUCAUCCCACGUGACUUCUUCAUAACUGUGGAUGUGCUUCGAAGAAAGAGAUCCUUCCAAAGCUGUGGGUAACGUGCUCUCUGUGCAGGUUUCUGGGAGCAGAUGCGGAAAAGACUUUUUCCUUAGAGAAGAGGCUUUCUUUUGUAAAAACAGAUGAAAAGUAACUGUUAUGUUUAUUUUUGUCCCCCCACCCCAUCCUUGAUGUGCCACUAAAUAUGUAUAGUAUUUAAGUGAAAUGCAGACCCCCAAGGCCCAACUUCCCUGUCUAUAUUGUAAUAUAGAAUUUUGAAAAGACAUUUUUACUUUUCACAGAGUGGUCACAAAGAUAAGCUUUAGUUAAAAUAAUAAAUAAAAGGCUAGUCCCUAGGAAAUGCUUCAGUGAUUUCUAAGAAGGAAGGAAGGAAGAAAAGGGGGAAGAGAAGGAGAGAGGAAAAGAAGAAGAGAAAAAAGAGGAACAAAGAAAAGAAUGAAGAAAAACAACAUGAAAGGCCACAUUUUAAGAUUUCCAUGUUAAUGACCUAAUGUCAUCAGUUAGGGGCUACAACAUGGAGAAUUGUGUAAAAAUGGCUCAACAAUGAAAACCGGAAGUCAGCCACAGGGAGUGAGUUCAGAUCCUCCUGAGAUCGUCUUAGCUGAGAGGAGGAAACAGACAGUGGUAAAAGCAGGGAGGAAGUUACGUCAUCAGGAUGCUUUCAAGUGGACAUGGGUGGGAGGAGACAGGAUGCUCUUGAUGCUGAAUGCACACGUAUGUGCCUUUGCCAAGGUCUAAGCCAAGUGGAGUGAACAUCCAGAGGACGCAUGACACAGAUCCACCUUAUCAGAUCCAAGCGGAUGCAACUGGUUAUUGAAUUUUUUAUAAUUCAUCAGAAAAGCCUUAUAUACUUCCGUUUGUUCCAUAUUUUGAAAGCCAACAAUAAACAUUUUUGUACCCUUUAAUUGCCAAAUGUGACACCUUGCACUGAAGUCAGACCCUAAUUGUCGUGUAUGUAACAGCUUUAACCAGGUACUUCUCUGUGCAGUACAGAGCAGAUCUGAAUAAUCUUCCAGCCUUGUGCAUCACUGUCACUGUGCAGAAUGGCCCUUGGUGUGUCGUAUAGCUCUCUGUAUCGUAUCUCUGUCAGUCUUUAAAUUCCCGGACCAAUACACCUUAUGAGUUUUGCAUG